AUGGUUGUUCUCUCUUCACUUUCAGAGGCCAAGUCUGUCGUUUCCCGUCUUUGUUCGCUCCCGGUUCAGCUUCCGUCUGCUGCCUCGCCGCUUCGACCUUCCGAAAUCCUUCCUGAGGCUGCGACCCCGCUCUGCCCGUGUGACUAUGCUCGUCGUCUUUGCGAGGAAAGUCGCAGUCACGAUUCUCAGGCAAGAACGGAUAGCCGCUCUGAGACCGGAGGCUGCCUACGCGAUUCGCCUCCUCUCUCCCUCGACGACCUCCCGAUUCGGCCUAUGCGAGAGGAGCAACAGCGACAACUCCUCUUGGAGUCUCCAAAGCAAAGUGACAUGAGCAGCCGCGAAGCUGCAGUUCCCCCCAUGCCAUCCAUCGGCGCGUUGAGACUGGAAGAUGAAGAAGACGCCGCGCCGCUGCUUCCCUUCUUCCCCAGAGACAUCGUAGUUGCCCUCUUCGCCGCAGAUAUUCCAACACGGGUUGCAGCCCAUGAAGCGGUCGCGAAAGAGCUCGAAGCUCACCCCGAGAUGGUCAGCGAAGAAGUAUUUGUUGCUCUUUGCCCGGUUAUCCAAAGCGCCUUGGCGGAUAAACCGCUCAAGAUUUUCCUCGGCGGAGCACAUCUCCUGUCGCUGCUUCUGGACGCGCCGAGCCUCCCUUCUCGGCUGUUCCUUUCGUCUCCCUUCUGGGGUGUGCGGCAAGAGUUACUGCUUCGGAUUGGGGGCGUUUUCUCGGACCGAGCGAAGCGUCUGCUUCUCCUGCUCUGCAGAUCGCAUCCUGAAGUUGCAAGACCCCUCGCGGUGGACAUCUUUGACAGGCUCUCAGCUGCGCACCGCGUCGCGGCCCCGGUGAACAAAGAGACGUCUGGCUUCGCGGCCACUAAGAGCCUGGGAGGCACUCCUUCCGUCGACAGGAAAGAAGAAGAAAAGCGCAGGCAAAACGAGGGCAGAGGCAGAGGCAGACGUCGGGGCGGCCUCACUCGCACGGAGACAACGUUGAGAACGCGAGGAGAAACCGGGGGUGUUUCGAUCGCAUCCAGUCCUCAAAAAUCGACCACGCAGCUGCUUCAGCUCUUUGUCGCGCUGCUCUCGGCGUUCUGCUUGGUCGAGCCAUGGGCUCCCGGAGGCAUUCCCCUCUCACCUCUCCUUGCUCUUCUAGAAGAAAUUUUCCAAUCUGCUUCUGGCGACAUUCGCAGCGCCGCUGUCGAGAUCACAGCACUCUUGAUGCUGCAGCUUCCUCACGCUUACGCGCAAGCGAAAAUAAACAAAUUUAUCGAAACGUUGAGACCGAAGCAGCAAGAGUUGAUUGCAGAAGCUGUAACGCGUCUGAAAGGCCCUGUCUCUGUUCCAGCUUCCUCGCCCUCUCCGACCUCCCUCCCUGCUUCUGCCCCUUCUUCCUCUUCAUCUUCUUCCUCUUCCUCUUCUUCCUCUUCUUCCUCUUCCUCUUCUUCAUCCGCGUCAUCUCCGGUUGACGAACGUCUGUCGACAAAGGCGAGAGGGAGGAAGAGUGCUUCGCCUGUCGCAAGGAGAGGGAAGGCCAUAAAAGGGCAGAAACAAGAGAACGCAGAGGAAGUGAAACAGGCACAGACGCCAGAGGUAACGGCGGUGCACGACGCCAAGGAGAAAGGGGAGAAUGUCCCGCUAGGUCUCUGUGAGUUCUGCCUCGACAGUUCUCCUGACCUGGCGUCUUCUGCGGGCAUGGAUUCGCAUUUUCUUCACACCUGCCCGGUUCUCACAUCCUGUCCUCACUGUCACAGCAUCGUCGAGGUGGCUCACCUCCCGAGUCACCUCCUGGCUGAGUGCACAGACACAGACGCCUACGUUCGGUGUGAGGUCUGCAAAGUUGUUGUUCUGAAGACUCAGCUACGAGGACAUGCUCAACUAGGAUGCAAAGCUCCGCCGCAUCGCGAACUCCAGCCCUGCUUCUUCUGUAGGGAAUUUGUGCUUCCGACUCCGGCCGGCUGGCGCAGGCAUCUUCUUCGGGAAUGUUCCGCAAAUCCGCGAGGAUCUCCGCUUUCGCAGCGGUAGAUGCGACACCAUCACAGCUGCGAAAAGCUUUUUACCCUUUGUGGGUGCUGUGUUCGUUGUAUGUAUACACUUGGUGCGUGGAAGACCAAGGGCAACUGAGAACGGUCGUUCUGCACCGUUCAGGGGAGAAGCGUUGUUUUGCUCAGUGCAUGUCUCGAAGAAACGAGGAAAAGAAAGCGUUGUCCACGUUUCUCGUCAGAGCAAAGAAGCGUCGAGGGGAAUUCGCGUUGAAAUGGAAACAUAGAGAAAUUCGGCAUUAACAACUGGCACACGAACACCUUUUUUAGCGCAGGUGGGGCUGCGGGGUGUGGCGAGCAAGAAGAAACGGAGAGACAAAAAAGGAGAGAAUGAAAACUAAACGCCUCGACGUAAGAUUGCCUAUGAGUCAGACAGACUUUAUCUGCAGUCGUUUCUCUUCACUUCUUUAGAACGGGCAUUUCGAUUACUUUUCGGAUCGCUUCCCUGCGUGCGGCUACGAGAGCUCCUUCAGUUCCCUUCCUUCUGAGAACGUUGGGGCCUCCCUGGAAGCGCGCUUGCUGUCGUUAUAGCUCAUCGACAGGACAGAGUUUUAGGAAACCAAUGCUGAGACGAAUUCUGUACUUGAGAAAUGCCAUAUGCACGUUCU